CUGCUAAUGCCUAGGUGUACACCAGCAGUGGACUUCUUCUGUCCAUGCCGCAUUCACUCAGGUCUGCCUCAGAUAAGCUUUUUAAACAUGAUACCCUCCUCGUACAGCCUCAAAGAGAUUCAGCGACGGAUAGAUGAAGUCAAGCGGUUUCUGUCAGCAACAAUCAGCAUCGCAAACGCUCACACUGUGGAGUUUUACACUCACGACGUGUGGAACCGCUUCAUGGCCGUGUCACCAGAGGAGGUCCUGUCAGCCUUUAGUUCACGUAGUGACCAGCAGAGGGAGCCAGAGGUCAAAGGAAAAGAGCAAUCCAGUACUACGUUUGGGUUUUGCAAUGAUUCAAACCGGCUGGUUGAUACCCAUGAACUGUUGCAGGCGGCCAAGGCCCACUCUCUCCCUGGCCUUGGAGUCUGUAUGAGCAGGGUUGAACUACUGCAGGCCCUCAGACAAAACGGAUCUGACUCUGGUGAUCCACCAGCAGAGAUAGGUGCUGAGUUGGAGCCAGAUGAAUUUAUGAACUCCAAGAAAUCCCAUGAAGUCCAGUCCAUGUCUGAGGUGGUGGCUUGUCUGGCCAAGCGCUGUGGAGUCAAACAGGUGAUAGACAUUGGCUCAGGAAAGGGCUAUCUGAGCUCCUUCCUGUCUCUGCAGCACGGCCUUCGGGUCUACGGCAUCGACUCCUCCAGCACCAACACCCAUGGAGCCCAGGAGAGGAACAGGAAGCUCAAGAAGUUCUCCAGGGUGUACCAGAAACACAACAAGACCAUGAGAGCACAGGGAGAGGCCACACAAUCACCUCAGGAGGAGUUAAUAGAAAUAAAAUCUGGACUAAAUGGAGAAGAUGAUGUUUUAUAUGAUGCCGGGGCAAAAAUCGUAUCACAAGAGGAGGAGGAGAGGGCGCAACCUCCGGCGUUAAUCGGCUUAUCCAAUGUCGACCCUGCAGUGGAAGGGCAUUCAGAGCCAAACCCAGAAACGGAGGAGCUCUUCCUUAACGCCCUAUCAGUGGACGUGAUACAGCCUACGUCUCCCAGAGUUCCCCCCAGCCAACUGAGUGCUGAGGAGAGGGAGAAGAGGAAGAGGGAGAACCUGGAGAGGAAAGCUCAGAACAGAAACAACAGCGCCAGCGCCGUGUUUUCACCCCUCACAUCUUACGUCACUGCGGAAACGGAGCUCCGAGAGCUCAUCGACGAGCUGGAGGAUGCGGUCAUGGUCGGCCUGCACACAUGUGGCGACCUGGCUCCCAGCACCCUGAGGAUGUUUGUGGCAAAGUCGGAGCUGGCCGCAGUCUGCAGUGUGGGCUGCUGCUAUCACCUGCUGUCUGAAGAGUUUGACCCUGCCGGACAGGAGUGUUUGCGCGGUGUGUGCGGUUUCCCUCUCAGUCAGUACCUCCACGACCUCUCCUGGUUCUGCGGCAGAAACGCCAGGAUGUCAGCGUGUUUGGCAUUGGAGAGAGUUUCGCUAGGCCAAGGGAUUCAGAUGGAGUCUCUGUUCUACCGAGCAGUCCUUCAUGUUAUUCUGAGGGACCACUACAGCUCCUUUAAGAGUGAAAAGCGAGUGGGGAACGUCUACUCCAAGAGUAAAUCAUUCGUGGACUAUGUUCGUCGGGCUCUGCGCAGACUGGAUCUGGAUGAAUCGAAGCUCUCUGACUGCGACAUCCAGGAUUACCACGAUACACACAGGCCACGAAUGGCCGAGAUGCACGCCUUUAAUCUGUUGAAGGUGACCUUGGCUCCCUGCAUUGAGGGGUUGAUUCUUCUUGAUCGCCUUUGCUACCUGAAAGAACAGGAGGAGGAAUCAUUCUCUGCGCUGGUGCAACUCUUUGAUCCCCUGCUGUCACCAAGAUGUUACGCUGUCGUUGGACUAAAGAGUUAUGGAGACAGGAUUACAAGCUGAUGAACAAACGCAGAUGAUUACAGUGGUCCGACUGAGUGGUCGUGAUUAUCUGUGAUCAUAUCAGCAAUCAUACAUCAUGAAUGUAUUAUGUAUGUCUUCUCUGUGGCAUGUUUUUAUUUUGUCUAUGCUUUAAUCUUAAUUUUGUAAAUUAUUUAUGCAGUUCCAGUAUCAAUUUCAGUAGCAUCUUUUGUUUUAUACCCUUGAUGAAAAAUAAAUGCUCAAUAUUUCCA